ACCAGCUGGAUAUCCCGUGAGCCUUUGCUCCGUGACCCACAAGCGUUUACGGCAACUAAACGGCGACAGCCAACAUGACGGAGAAGAAACACACCGUGGAUUUGGGAUUAUUAGAGGAAGAUGACGAGUUUGAAGAAUUUCCAGCCGAGGAUUGGACAGGUCUGGACGAAGACGAGGAUGCCCAUGUGUGGGAAGAUAACUGGGAUGACGAUAAUGUAGAGGAUGACUUCUCAAAUCAGCUCAGAGCGGAGCUGGAAAAACAUGGUUACAAGAUGGAGACGUCAUAGCGGCUCAGAAGGUUCUUCGAUACUGGUUGAUGUUGGAAAUGGACAUUCACAUUUGAAUGUUGUUGGCUAGCUUUUCCAUGCCUGGCAGACGGAGCAUGGAUGUUCUUAAUUUGCUUCUUUUUGUAAGAGAUAUGGACACAAUUAAAUUGUUUGAAGAAAA